AGCCUACCCUGUCCUCCUGCGGGAGCGCUGUCCGCCGCGGCGGCCGGAGCAGGCCGGGCCGGGCCGGGGGAUGGCGCUGCUGGACCUGGCCCUGCAGGGAAUGGCCGUCUUCGGGUUUGUCCUCUUCUUGGUGCUGUGGCUGAUGCAUUUUAUGGCCAUCAUCUACACGCGAUUGCACCUCAACAAGAAGGCAACGGACAAACAGCCGUAUAGCAAGCUCCCAGGUGUGUCUCUUCUGAAACCACUGAAAGGAGUGGAUCCCAACCUCAUCAACAACUUGGAAACAUUCUUUGAAUUGGAUUAUCCCAAAUAUGAAGUACUCCUUUGUGUACAAGAUCAUGACGAUCCAGCCAUUGACGUAUGUAAGAAGCUUCUUGGAAAAUAUCCAAAUGUUGAUGCCAGAUUGUUUAUAGGUGGCAAAAAGGUUGGCAUUAAUCCUAAAAUUAAUAAUCUAAUGCCAGGAUAUGAAGUUGCAAAAUAUGAUCUUAUCUGGAUUUGUGAUAGUGGAAUAAGAGUACUUCCAGACACCCUCACUGACAUGGUUAACCACAUGACGGAGAAAGUGGGCCUGGUUCACGGGCUGCCUUAUGUAGCAGACCGACAGGGCUUUGCCGCGACAUUAGAACAGGUAUAUUUUGGAACUUCUCACCCAAGGUCCUAUAUCUCUGCCAAUGUAACUGGUUUCAAAUGUGUAACAGGAAUGUCUUGUUUAAUGAGAAAGGAUGUGUUAGAUCAAGCAGGAGGGCUAAUAGCUUUUGCUCAAUACAUUGCUGAAGAUUACUUUAUGGCCAAAGCAAUAGCUGACCGAGGUUGGAGGUUUGCGAUGUCCACUCAAGUUGCCAUGCAAAACUCUGGCUCAUACUCAAUUUCUCAGUUUCAAUCCAGAAUGAUCAGGUGGACCAAAUUACGAAUCAACAUGCUUCCUGCUACAAUAAUCUGUGAGCCAAUUUCAGAAUGCUUUGUUGCCAGUUUAAUUAUUGGAUGGGCAGCCCACCACGUAUUCAGAUGGGAUAUCAUGGUAUUUUUCAUGUGUCAUUGCCUGGCAUGGUUUAUAUUUGACUACAUUCAACUCAGGGGUGUCCAGGGUGGCACACUGUGUUUUUCAAAACUUGAUUAUGCAGUAGCUUGGUUCAUCCGUGAAUCCAUGACAAUAUACAUUUUUUUGUCAGCAUUAUGGGACCCUACGAUCAGCUGGAGAACUGGCCGCUACAGAUUGCGCUGUGGGGGCACAGCAGAGGAAAUCCUAGAUGUAUAACCACAGCUUUGUGACUGUACUCACAGGAGAAAAAGAGAAGUAUUAUGAAUUACGUUUAUAUAAAUGCUUUUAAAGACCUACCUUCAGUAGUUUUAUCACAUGUACGUUUUUGGUAUCUGUUCUUUAAUUUAUUUUGCAUGGCGCUUGCAUCUGUGAAAAAAAAAACAAACAAAAACACAUCUGUAGUCUUGGCCAAAUGGUAUACUUUAUUUUGUGGAAGUAGAGAAUCAGAAUUGGUUCUAGGAACCUGGGUUUGUUUUUUGUUGUUAUUGUUUUUUUAAAAAUAAAUAUGUAUGUGUAUGUGUGUGUAUAUAUACAUAUAUACAUAUAUGUAUACAUAUACACACACACUCUGCAACAAACACUGACAGUAUCCUUCAGUAGAGAAAGUUUCUUAUUUGUGAGUACACACUUUUAGAACAUUUAUGGGAUGGCAGCAGCUUUGUUUGAGGGUGAGGGAAAGACUAGACGGUAAUCACUGUUCCUGUCUGAAGUGAAUGGUUAUGCAGUGGACAAUCCCCGUUGAGGUACUAACUGGGAAACUUUUUCAUGCUUUAUGCCUACCUCUCGUAGUUGUUGCAGAGCAGAUAUAAAUUGUAACAAGGUAGCUAGGCCUUGCAAAAGCAAACGGAAAAACUUUAAAAAUAAUAAUAAUAAUAACGAAAGAGCUGGAGUCUAGUGUUUCUAUGAAUCUGUGAGAGAGAUUUUUUUUGUCUCACUGCAGUGAACCCAAAGGGGUUGAGUUUGGUUUUUAACCAUAGCCAUGUAUUGAAGGCAUCUUCUUGACCAACUCUCGUUGGUUCUGUCUUGAACCAUUGUUAAUCACUGUGCUGGUAAACCUUUCCUUCCCUCUCCUCACCUGACCUGCCCCAUCUUUCCUUAA